UCAUUCCAAACACCUCCCAAAAGGAAAUCCCUCUCUCAAACACAAACACCACUGCUUCGGAAAAAAAAAAAAAGGAAAUUGGAAAUAUAAACAGUAAAAAAGGUGAAAGAAAAUUAUUUUUAUACUUGUCUUCUCUCAAUCAAAAUCAAAACCCUCUAAUGGCGGAUUAGCUUAACGUACGACUCAAUCGUCCUCUAUAUUCUCUCUCCCCUUUCGAAAAGGAAAAUCAGUAAAACAAUCAGGCUUGUGCGCCAAUCGAUUAAUCGGAGAUUUUUCGAACGGAUUUUCGAGGAUUUAUUUUCCGAUUUUGGGGGUAAUUUGAAGAAGAAGGAUGAGUAGCGGGCAUAAGAAGAGGAAUUUUCAGAUUGAGGCGUUUAAACACAAAGUGGUGGUGGAUCCGAAGUAUGCAGAAAAGACCUGGAAGAUCUUAGAGCACGCGAUUCAUGAGAUUUAUAAUCACAACGCUAGUGGACUCAGCUUUGAAGAACUAUACAGAAAUGCUUACAAUAUGGUAUUACACAAGUUUGGGGAGAAGCUAUAUUCAGGCUUAGUGUCAACAAUGACGUUUCAUCUUCAAACAAUGUCCAAAAGUAUAGAGUCUGCCCAUGGCGUUAUCCUGGAGGAGCUUAAUACAAAAUGGAGCGAUCACAAUAAAGCACUGCAAAUGAUUCGUGACAUACUGAUGUACAUGGACAGAACUUUCAUUCCCAGCACUCGUAAAACCCCUGUUCACGAGCUCGGUCUAAACCUUUGGAGAGACAACGUAAUUCACUCCGACAAAAUCCAGACGAGGCUUCUAAACACAGUUCUUGAAUUGAUACUUAGGGAGCGCACAGGCGAAGUUAUCAACAGAGGAUUAAUGAGAAAUAUAAUCAAAAUGCUUAUGGAUUUAGGACCUUUGGUUUAUCAAGAUGAUUUUGAGAAGCCAUUUCUUGAAGUUUCGGCUGAUUUUUAUAGAGCGGAGUCUCAGGAAUUUAUCGAAUGCAGUGACUGUGGCGAUUACUUGAAGAAAGCCGAAAGGAGACUGAAUGAAGAAAUAGAGAGGGUAUCGCAUUACUUGGAUGCGAAGAGUGAAGCGAAGAUAACUAAUGUUGUGGAGAAAGAGAUGGUUGCCAAUCACAUGCUUAGGCUUGUUCACAUGGAGAAUUCGGGAUUGGUGAAGAUGCUUCUAGAUGAUAAGUUGGAAGAUUUGGGAAGGAUGUACGCCUUAUUCAAACGUGUUCCUAUUGGCCUUCCUACAAUUCGAGAUGUGAUGACUUCCCACAUCAGAGACACAGGCAAACAGCUUGUAACAGAUCCAGAGAAAUCGAAGAAUCCUGUGGAGUUUGUGGAGUCACUGCUCGAUAAAAAGGACAAGUACGAUAAGGUAAUAGCCUCGUCAUUUAACAACGACAAGACCUUCCAGAAUGCACUGAAUUCUUCUUUCGAAUAUUUCAUCAAUUUGAAUCCUCGUUCGCCGGAGUACAUAUCUUUGUUCGUGGACGAUAAACUGAGGAAAGGGUUGAAGGGAGUGAAAGAAGAGGAAAUUGAAACUAUGCUCGAUAAAGUGAUGAUGCUGUUCCGUUACCUACAGGAAAAAGACGUGUUCGAGAAAUACUACAAACAACAUCUGGCGAAGCGGCUCUUGUCGGGAAAAACAGUGUCGGACGAUGCUGAGAGAAGUUUGAUCGUGAAACUGAAAACCGAGUGCGGGUACCAGUUCACUUCGAAGUUAGAAGGCAUGUUUACAGACAUGAAAACCUCUCAAGACACAAUGCAAGGGUUCUACUCAGCACACGGUAGUGACCUGGCAAGCGGGCCCACGUUAGUUGUCCAGGUAUUAACUACUGGUUCAUGGCCAACUCAAUCGAGCAUCACUUGCAAUUUGCCGUCCGAAAUGUUGGCUCUUUGUGACAAGUUUCGAUCUUACUACCUAGGGACCCACACAGGUAGGAGAUUAUCUUGGCAGACAAAUAUGGGAACUGCCGAUCUUAGGGCAACCUUUGGCAAUGGUCAGAAAUACGAACUGAACGUCUCGACUUACCAGAUGUGUGUACUAAUGCUGUUCAACAAUGCCGAUUGUCUUAGCUAUAGGGAAAUCGAGCAAGCUACUGAGAUUAUAUCUUCUGAUUUAAAAAGGUGUCUUCAGUCAUUAGCUUGCGUAAAAGGGAAAAACGUGCUGAGAAAAGAGCCUAUGAGUAAGGAUAUUGGAGAGGAUGAUGUUUUUUCGGUUAAUGAUAAGUUUACGAGUAAGCUUCGGAAGGUUAAAAUUGGAACUGUGGCUGCGCAAAAGGAAACCGAGCCGGAAAAGCAAGAAACGAGGCAGAGGGUGGAGGAAGAUAGAAAGCCACAGAUUGAGGCGGCGGUGGUCAGGAUUAUGAAAGCUAGGAGGGUUUUGGAUCACAAUAAUAUUAUUGCUGAAGUUACGAAGCAAUUGCAGUCUCGUUUUCUGGCUAAUCCGAGUGAGAUCAAGAAACGGAUCGAGUCACUUAUUGAACGGGAUUUCUUGGAGAGGGACAAUGUGGAUAGACGAUUGUAUCGAUAUUUGGCUUGAAGAAGAAAAAAUUUAAUUUCCAGUUGAUUAUUUGGUUUAUUAUGUUAGUGGAAAUGUAAGUUAUCAACUAUUGAAGACGUUGAAUUUCAUUUCUGCGUAAUGCUUUUGAUUUCAAUGAAACUUUCGUCUGUUA